AUGUCCACCGCUUUCCCGUCGACCCCUUCUCCCCAGCGCGUUUACUCAUGGAAUAACCCUGGAGAUUCUACUCAUCGGCCAAUGCGUCCCUCACCACUCGCGUCCCCUUCAAGUCCCACGUCCUCACCUGUUUCAGCGGCACAGUCUCGCCGACGCUCUCAGUAUAAGGCAAAGUCGCCAGCCACACCUUUAGCUUCCUCUUCGCGUUUCCACGGUGUUGUGAGAUCUGCUAGUCUCAGUGGAGGCUCAGUGUUUGGCAGUGGGGGGAGCGGCGGUGGUAUUGCAUCCCCCAUUGUGGAAGAUGCACAUAGGGACAUGAUAAGAGAGCGGUUUAAGGCGCGUUGUUUGCAAAGAGCCAAGGAAGCUCGAGAUAGGUCGAUCAAGCAGAAGCGUUACGAAUACAACUCCAGUGAUAGCAUAGCGGGGAGUGAUGACACGGUGAUGGAUGAGGACGAGGGCGACGACGACGACGACGAAGAUAUCCUGCAGGACGAACUCUUCAGACGCAUCAUGAAUAACGCUGCUAGGAAAUCUCAACAUUCGUAUCGUGUCUCUUAUGCGCAGGAUGUUGGCUCGUCUUUCGAUCCUGACAUGGAAGAUGUUGCUGCAUGGGAGCAAGAACUGCACACAUCAGAGCGGUUGCCCGACUUCCCCGCACUAUCGCCGAAUGACCUCUUAGAUGAGGAAAUCUCGGCAUACGCUGAAGAGCAAGCCGCUCUUGCUGAUUUCCAGGACCUCGACAUAGACGAGCUGUUGGCUUGGAGUGACGCCGAGGAAGACCUAUCACACCUGACAAACCACGGUAUGGAAGUUGACUCUGUUCAUUGA